AUGCAGGAAGAGGCCGUCGAUACGACGCACAUUGAAUUUGGACCGCAACUACCAGAUAAGACGUCGAUUUCGUCGUUUACGACAGCGGAACAAGCUCAGGUCGCCUACGCAUUGGUUGUCCCGGAAGAACGCGCGGUAGCAUCCGGUUUUUGGUCGGAAUUCUCGCAUAAAUGGAUGCUUUGGGGCUUGAAGGCGUGUAUGCUCAUCUUUCUGGCUUCUGGAGGGUGUAUUGUACCGCGGGAGUUCCAGCUGAAGGCAACGAUGGCUCUGUGCUCGGGCUUUGACGCACUCAUCGACGUUGGGACUGGAUACGGCAAAACCUUUUGCAUGAUACUCCCAGCAUUGCUCUUCAACGGCAUGAUUACUCUGGUCGUCUCUCCGUUGAAGAAACUACAAGAAAUGCAGGUUCUCGAGUUUAGGAAAUACGGACUUUCGGCGUUGGCAAUCAAUGAGGACACUGGCAAUGAUAAGGAACUUUGGAAGGACAUUGCUAACGGCGCCUAUUCGGUCCUUGUGGUGACGGCCGAGCAGUUCUUUGUCGACAAGGGCCACUGGCCUCGGAUGGCUCGACUCAUUAACAAACGGAAGUUUUCCAGCAAAGUCAGAUUCCUUUUCGUUGAUGAGGCGCACUCUAUCUACACAUUCGGAGCCAGUCUCUAUGGGCAACCAGCAUUCCGACCUGCCUGGAGCUACUUGGCAGACCUUCGAACCAAGCUCGGCUCUCAGGUUUCUGUGGCUGCGCUAUCUGGUACGAUGCCGAAACAUAUGAAGACAGUCAUCCGCGAAACACUGCAGUUCGACGACGAAACUCUCUGCGAGAUCAAGCUUUCGUGUAACCGGCCCAACAUUGCGUACGCCAAACAUGCAAUUGUCGGCAACCUCACCGACUAUCGCAACCUUGACUUUUUGAUUUCGGACGAAACAGGUUCCAAUGCACCAGACCGGGUGCGGAGGAAAACCAUUGUGUUCCAUGACCGGAUUACCGAUGCGACAGGAGCAAAAGAACACCAGGAGCAGCAGCUACCAGAGGCCAACCGUGGCAAGGGGGUCAUAGCAUACUACCAUGCCGGGAUGUCAAAACAAUACCUCCAACGAGUGCAUGAUGACUUUCGGGACCCGAAUGGAGGACUCGACAUCCGAGAUGUCCAUUGUGUCAUCCAGUAUGGCCUCCCUCGCGAUAUGACAACACUACAGCAAAGGGCUGGGCGCCCUGGGCGCGACGGCAUCACUAACUCAGUCUAUGUCCUCCUCUACGAGCCCUUUGCUCUCACGGCAGACCUUUCUCCAGCACGAGAGGCCGAGAAGAUGUCUGAUUCUCCCCUUGAUCCUGAUCGGCCCAUUACUGGGAAGCUCAAGCCCAGAGGCCACAAGCUUCAUCGUAUCGGUGUUUCGGUCUAUGACCUUGUUCAGGACGAGGAUCGGUGUAUUCGUGGUGACUUCGCCUCCUAUAAUAAUGACACAAGUGAACAUGCACUCAAGUUUACGGGCCCUUUCUGUUGCAAUGGGAAGAUCCAUGGUGAUAGGCCAUUUGAUUUUGGCUACUACUUUCCCUCGAAACUCCUCUACUUUGAUGCCACUACCAAAUUGGUGUAUCGAGGCAACCCCAACGACCCUAACAGGACUCUGCUCGACCCUCCUACUGGAACAAAACGGAAGGCUGCAAGGAACAAGUACCGUCCAGUUGCAUUUAGGGCAUCACUCGUCUCACGGCUCGAGAAGUUCCGACUCGACGAAUGGCAAGCAUCCAAAAAUCAUCGAGUACUGCACCACCCCUCCUUCAUUCUCACCAAUAAACAGCUCACACUUAUCGCGCGCAUUCCGCCCGACCAACUGACCACACCAGAGAUGAUUAUCAAAGUUCUCGGUGAUGACUUGAAGCAGGACUUGCGCGGCUCAAUCUGGGAACAGAAAUAUGCUCAGAAGGUCUUCGACAUUGUGAAGUGCUAUGAUGCGGAGGUAGGAAGUCUAAAGGAGAUGGAGAGGGCGAAGAAGGAGGAAAGAAUAAAACGAUCGAAGGAGGAGGCACGGGAUAGGGCUAUAAGAGAGGCGCAGGAAAGGUUCAAGGCAGAUUCUCUAGCAAGGGAAGAGGCUGCAGCCAGUCGAGCACGGGAACUUAUCAUGGGUUCCGCCUCGACAUCGAUUUUUGCAACGACUGAGUGGCCUACACCUUCACAGCCCCAGAACACGCAGCAGACGACUGCUGUUACAGAAGCCACUAAUUACACCGAUUUUCAGCUCACCUAUGCUCGCACUGCCCAGGGGAACUUGCAGGCAUUCCAGGAAGCGGAGAAGCAGCGUAUGAAGGAGAUAGAGGAUCGGAUUAAGGCUCAGCUCAAACUCUUACGACAAAAAUGA